GACAAGAAAAAAAAAACUUAAACCUCACUCACCUUUCUUCACCAUCGACUAUGUAUGACUGUCAUUGUCGCUAGCUCUGCCAUUAUCUCCGUCUUGAGGUUUAUUAUUUCCAAUGGCAAAAAAACACGGUAGGUCGGAGCUCCGAUCCGACAGGGUGUCCUUGAUCCGAAUAUAAGCAGGGCAAAAACGAUGCGAGUUGAGAUCCGACCCGACCUGUUAGCAAUUGAAGCGGAUGAGACGACGAGCCGACCAGAUUGUUGUUGUUUUUUUUUUAAUAAAUAAAUUUUUUUAAAAUCUAAUUACUAUCACUAUUUACUGCUUCUUCUUGUAUGGAGAAUUUAUUAACUUAUGAAGCGUCGGAUGUUUCGACCAGAUAUUGUUUUAAUUGCUAUUUUUACAUUUUUAAUUUGGAAUUGGCUGGAUGAUGAAUAUAGAUGACUAAUAAAUUUCUUUGAUUUGUGUUUUUUGUUUGACCGGACCUUGACCGAUAACCCUCUUAUUCUUUGCUCUGAUUUUUCACUGUUUUUUUCAUUUUCUUUAGGGUUAGGUUUUUUUUUUUAAUAAAGUGGCUCUGUGAUUAACUGCCUGGAUUGGGCAAUCUACGCUAUUCCGAUUUCUAUAUGAACAAUGAGAGCUGCUACUUUGUAAUUCAUUCAUUUGGGUUAUCCACUUAAUACUUACUUUUUCCUAUUAUUACCUUCAUUUUUUUUUUUCAAUUGGUUUUUUAGUCACCCUUUACAGCAUAGUGGGCCUCUUGGAAGUGCCCAGCUGUUGAAUUAAAAAAUCAAUUGUGAUCCUGCUAUACAUUCUGCAAAUGGUUUCUGUGGUUUAGGCGGUAUCGUUCGACAUCACAAUUGGUCCAUUUUAAUGGCGGAUUCUAAGUUCCUGCCUUACCCCUAUCCUGCAUCUACUGCUGAAGCUUUAGCAAUCCAUUUUGGGGCCUCUCUGGCCCAUCAAUUUAACUUGGAUUCUUUCUCUUAAGAGUCUGAUCGUUUAAAUGCUGUUAACAAGCUUAAUAGUGGUGUUUUUUUGGAUACGUGAUUUGGGCAAUAUCUUGGAAGAUAUAUUUUUUUGUUUUGACUGCUCCUUUGCAUAAGAAAAAUGGCUUUAGCUUCAAAGUCAUCGGAUUUUGGGAUAGAGGAUUUAGGUCUCUUGUGUUUUAUCAGCGACUUGUGCUGAUACCUCUUCCUCUGUAACUCUUCUUUGUUUUAUGAAUUUUCUCUCUUCAAAUAGAAAAAAGAGACUAUUCAACAAAAUCUUUGACUUGCACAAUGUCUGUUUUAUUAAGCUGAAGUUUUAUUAAUUUCUUGUUUUAUUAGUUUGGUGUUUGUUUACUUUUGGAUGGUUGACAUCAAACAGUGACAUGAGAUUUCUUCAAGGAAUUUGUGAAGAAAUAUCCUGCUUGCUUUGUUGGAGGAGCAUGCCUCUUUUAUGGCCUUCUCAAUUUUGGGAGCUCCUCUAUUGUAGGCAGUCUCAUAUUUUAUGGCCUUAUGAAGCAGCAUACUGCCUUUACCUUUUUGGACUGGCCACGAGUCUUACAUUUUUCACUUAUUUUUAUGGAACUACCAUCGUGGUGAUAAGUUUUUUAUGCAGCAAUUGAAAUUUAAUGUCAAAUAUUGAUUAGUUUUCUGUCAAAUCUGAAAGUCAAUUUUUUCCUUGGUUCGAAGGGUUAUUAAUUGUAUGUUUGAUAAUGUGUAUUUGGUAAAACGUAUUGUGAACUGAAUUCUGCUUUGCAGAGAUGGUAGCAUGGAAAUACAUGCCCAAGAGCUUCUAGAAGAGGACUGCCAAAAUGGGGGGAGGAAUGGAGGCAAACAAGAACAAGUUCAUAGAGGAGUGGGGCGCUGCAAGAGAGAAUCUUGAGCACAACUUCCGUUGGACACGCCGCAACUUUGCCCUUAUUGGAUUGUUUGGCAUUGCCAUCCCAAUCUUCGUCUACAAGGGUAUCGUCAAAGAAUUUCAUAUGCAAGAUGAAGAUAACGGUAGACCGUACAGGAAAUUUUUGUGAGCAUCUAGUGAAAUGCUUUAGAACAAUGUUUUCAAGUGCUAACAGAGUUCCAUUUCCUGGUAUGAAUAUACUGUUUGCACCAUUAAAAUUUGUGUCAAAGUGAUGUUUACAGGCCAGUUUACUUUGUUUUGGAAUUGUACUUUGCCAUUUGCCAUCUAACUUUGCCCUUUGUAUUAAUUUUGUCCAUCUUGAUUCGUUUUAAUAUUGACACCAAGACUAUUGUCAUCAUAAAGAGUUUCGAGGUGUCUUUUCUCUUUGUUUAUGAGUAAAUAAAAGGAUAGAAAUUUGUUUCUUGUU